AUGAACAACGAAUCAAAACCGAUAUCCGAGAAUGUAAAUGAUGAUGGUUCAAAAACAGACACAAUUAUUAAAAGUGGAAUUCUUCAGAACUUUACAACGAUGAAGUCAUCACAUGAAUAUCCUCUAAUUAUCAUAUUUGAAGACCUCAGCCAUGUCAAGGACAGCAACAAUGACGAGAAAAUGGUCUCGGAUCAGCAAAAAUCAUCAUCUCUUUACACAAAUAACCGUGUUCAAAACAAAUCCACAACAGAAGACACGUUGGUCUAUCAACAAUCACUAGUAGUGGCGGAAGAGAUAAAAGAACAGCGACAACCACACAUUCAGAUAGAUAUUGAAUCUUAUUCAUCAUAUACUUUUUUUGAAAUAUUUGAUUGGAGAUUACGCGACUGGAUCAAAUUGGUAGUUUUUUAUUAUGCUGCUAUUUAUAUGGUGAUCAAGUUGGUCUCAUAUCUGGCUAUCACCGUUGCUUACGAGGAAUAA